AUGGGAACCACUUCAGGACCACAGUUCCUAUCGGAGGAUGGAUUACCAUACGGUAUGCCAAGUGGAGCAAGCCCCGCGCUGCACCCUAGCACCCCCUUCGGUAAUCCUCCAGUGCUUCAGACCACGGUCGAAGCGGAGCUUCUGGCUCAAAUGACUUCCCUUCGUAGGGAAAUGGCUAAGCUCCAAGAACAUAACAAUCUCCUCUCGUCCAAAGUACACGAAACCCCGCGGUUGCUUAACCAGCAGGAAACACAGAGCAUUCAGGCUACCGAGUCUUCCCAGAGUCUGCUGACCCCUGGUCGGCAGAAGAAGGGAAAGAAGGGGGCAAAGGCAACGCCUGCGCCUUCCAAACAGUUGGUGGUCCCAGCUCCACAGGACCAGCCUCACGUGCCGAAGAAGAUUUUUUUUGUUGCUGACGUCAGCAAACUGGGUCUAGACCUAGGGCAGAUCUUGCCUGAGGGCCAGCCAGGGUUCGUGGGCCCCAUAUCAUGCCAAGGCAAGACAGGCCCGCUGGAAAUGGAUUUUUGGCGUUGCCUCCCCCCAGCCUCGGGCUUGGGCUCAUGGGUGGAAUGGCUCUUACUGUCAUUGCCGGCCCUGAGGGACCACAGUUCCUAUCGGAGGAUAUUACCGUACGGUAUGCCAAGUAGAGCAAGCCCGGCGCUGCACCCUAGCACCCCCUUCGGUAAUCCUCCAGUGCUUCAGACCACGGUCGAAGCGGAGCUUCUGGCUCAAAUGACUUCCUAUCGUAGGGAAAUGGCUAAGCUCCAAGAACAUAACAAUCUCCUCUCGUUCGAAGUAGACGAAACCCAGCGGUUGCUUAACCAGCAGGAAACACAGAGCAUUCAGGCUACCGAGUCUUCCCAGAGUCUGCAGACCCCCGGUCGGCAGAAGAAGGGAAAGAAGGGGGGCAAAGGCAACGCCUGCGCCUUCCAAACAGUUGGUGGUCCCAGCUCCACAGGACCAGCCUCACGUGCCGAAGAAGGUGUACACCGAUUGUCGUCAUCGGAUCAAUGA